GCACAUGAAGCCUCACAUCACCAACAGCAGGCAGCGCAGAACAGUUUGUUGCCUCUCCUGAGCUCUGCUGUUGAGCCACCCGAUCAGAAGCCGAUUCUGCCCUUACCAAUAACGCAGAAACCUCAGCCUGCACAAGAAACGUUAAAGGAUGCUAUUGUUGGGAUUAAAAAGGAAAAACCUAAAACCUCCUUUGUGUGCACUUACUGCAGCAAAGCUUUCAGGGACAGCUACCAUUUGAGGCGUCACGAGUCCUGCCACACAGGGAUAAAGUUAGUGUCACGGCCAAAGAAAACUCCCACCACAAUGGUGCCCCUUAUUUCGACCAUCGCUGGUGACAACAGCCGAAGCUCCUUGGUUUCGACUAUCGCAGGCAUCCUGUCCACAGUCACUACGUCUUCCUCUGCCACCAACCCCAGCAGCAGUGCUGGUGCGACGGCCAUGGCAGUGACUCAGACCGUGAAGAAGCCCAGCAAGCCCGUUAAGAAGAACCACGCUUGUGAGAUGUGUGGAAAGGCCUUCAGGGAUGUGUAUCACCUCAACCGGCACAAGCUGUCCCACUCAGAUGAGAAACCCUUUGAAUGUCCCAUUUGCAAUCAGCGCUUCAAGAGGAAGGAUCGCAUGACCUACCACGUGAGGUCUCAUGAAGGUGGCAUCACGAAACCGUACACCUGUGGUGUUUGUGGAAAAGGCUUCUCGAGGCCUGAUCAUUUAAGCUGUCAUGUUAAACACGUUCACUCAACAGAAAGACCCUUCAAAUGCCAAACGUGCACUGCUGCCUUUGCCACCAAAGACAGACUGCGGACACACAUGGUGCGCCAUGAAGGAAAGGUAUCGUGUAAUAUCUGUGGUAAACUUCUGAGUGCAGCAUAUAUCACCAGCCACUUAAAGACACACGGGCAGAGCCAAAGUAUCAACUGUAAUACCUGUAAACAAGGCAUCAAUAAAACGUGCAUGAGUGAAGAGACCAGCAAUCAGAAGCAGCAGCAGCAACAGCAGCAGCAACAGCAGCAGCAGCAACAACAGCAACAGCAGCAGCAACAGCAGCAGCAGCAACAGCAGCAGCAGCAGCAGCAGCAGCAACAUGUAACAAGUUGGCCUGGAAAGCAGGUAGAGACCCUGAGAUUAUGGGAAGAGGCCGUCAAAGCAAGGAAGAAAGAAUGUCAGUUCACCUUUGAGAAGGCUAUAGAGUACGUACCAUUCGAAGCUGCUAACUUGUGCCAAACCUCCACUGCUGCUACUACGCCUGUGACUCUUACUACUCCAUUCAAUAUAACGUCCUCUGUGGCUUCUGGGACUAUCACAAACCCAGUCACAGUGGCAGCUGCAAUGAGCAUGAGAAGUCCAGUAAAUGUAUCAAGUGCAGUUAAUAUAUCCAGCCCGAUGAACUUAGGGCAUCCUGUAACCAUCACCAGUCCAUUAUCCAUGACAUCUCCAUUAACGCUCACCACACCAGUCAAUUUACCCACCCCCGUAACCGCCCCAGUGAAUAUAGCGCAUCCAGUCACCAUCACGUCUCCCAUGAACCUCCCCACGCCGAUGACGUUAGCGGGUCCGUUAAAUAUAGCAAUGCGGCCGGUAGAGAGCAUGCCUUUCCUGCCCCAAGCCUUGCCCACGUCUCCUCCCUGGUAAAGAAUUUCCAAACAGUAUUAAGAGGAUUAAAACGGAAUCCUUACCAGCAGUUGCUUUUUGGGUUUUUUUAGUUCUUUCUUCUAGUUAAUAAUAACUCGAGCUAAGUCACUGGUGUGGCAUGCACCGUCAGAGACCAUAGUAGCAUCUUCCCCUGUCGAUUUGGCUAUUGUUCGAACUUGAGUUUCACUGGAGCACUUCAUUAAAAGUAAGUUUUACCUUUUACCUUUUAGCUGACUGAUACUGAAUUAGAGCAGAUAACGUACUUGUCAGAGUGAAAAAAAAAAAAAGUUGUUAAAAAUCAGCUUUAUGUUUUAUCCCCCAAAUCGUAACUUAGAAAAUUAUUUUAAUGUAAACACUAGCAAAGACCCCUCUGUAUCUUUAACAGGGUGGAUGGCUAAUUUUAACUUGCCAGUUGUAAGUCCAUUAUUUCUGAGCUAGUGUAGAAUCUUUGUCUGUGUUAAUGUUCUUUUUUUCUUUUCUUUUUUUUUUUUUUUAAUGAGUAAAUGCAUUACAAUGUUGUCAUUUUUAAAAAUGCAUUUUGGAGAAAAUAUGCAUUUUACCUUUGGGAAUAUGAUAAUUUCAGGCAGCAUUCCCUAUGGGAAAGGUGAUACCAGCUCUGAUAUGCAAAGCAUAUGAUAACUUAUCAUUCUAACUUCAACAUAUAAUAGGGAUUGUGACCUGAUAUUUGGAGAUGUAAAUAUUACCCAACAUAUUACCCUAAGGGAAUAUAGCAUUGUAGUCGACAUUUUUUUUAAAAAAAACCACCUGUUCUUGUUUGGUGAGAAACAGCCACGGCUGACAGAAGAGUCAAAAUGUACGUGAACAUGGUCUCUGAGCAGUCAGACCCCUAUGGGACUCUUACCUAGGAGCAAAAGGAGUGCUUUGAAACUUAUGAAAUAACUGCUUUAAGCUGGAAGAUUCUGGAGACACCGGGUAUGAUUUUUAUGCCCUCUGUCUCCCAAUCAGAACCUGCUGGUGUUGCAGCAGGGGACAGACGUGUUAGUUGUUCACUAGAAGUUUUGUCUUAUAUUAAAUUGUAUACAGUUUUUAUUCUAACCACUAACUAGGUAGGAUGCCCCUUCAGGACAAGCAGAGAGCGUCUUUUAAUUUCUCCCCUACUUCUUAAUCAAGUGUUGUGCAAAUCUGUUCAACUUUGUAAAUAUUUGCAAACAUCAUCAUUUUUACGUUAUUCUUCUAUUGUGUUAACACAUUUCUAUCAGUUUGUGGGAGUUCUGGGGUGGUGGUCCGAACUGUCCGGCCCAGAACUUCUCCAUAAAUGAUCACACAUGUUUAAGCUACAUGUGCUUUUUAUUUCUUAACCUGUUUAUCUGUACAUAAAGUAGAAAGCAAAAUCUAGGGAAACAGAUAUACUUUUUAGACUAUCAUGUCACAUAUUCACGUUUUUAAAACUUUGUUUUAAAAAAAACACCCUAAAACCAAGACUCUACAUUAAAAAAAUAAUAAUAAAAUGACAGUUGCGAUGUUUUUCUCCUAACGAGGUGGGAAGCUGUGGAGACUGGCGUUGCGCAGAGCGCGAGCGGGCCCGGCUGCUCGAGGCGCGCGGCCGCGGGGCAGCGAGGGCCGCGCGCCGGGCUCGGGUGACAGGUAUCUCUAUCAUUACGUGAAACUGUUCUAGGGGCUUGGACUACAUAGUAAAACAAAAACAAAAAAAAAAAUAGAGCUUAGUGUAAAAUAAUUUUAUAAAUGAUCUUUUGUACUUUAGGACAUCAAAUUGUACAACUUUUGUAUAUAUAAAAG